AUGGAGAUUGAAGGAUUUAUUCAUAUUGUGGUGGAGCUGCAAAACAAAUUGGAAGAUGAGGAUUUUGAACUCAUGACGAAAGUGGCUAGAAAUAUGUGGCUCUCGACGAAUUCUGUGAUUUAUGGAGAGAUGUUUAGUCAUCCUACUCAAAUUAAGCCAGUGAUAAUGAGGGCAGCAAUAUUUGCUAGGGAAUUGAGACUGCAAAAGGUGAAACUAGAAGGGGAUGCCCUCUGUUGGUCCACGAACUUCCCCUUAACAUAUAUAGAUCUUCUCCCACUUCUCCCUCUCUCUGCACAAUCUCUCUGCACAGAAAGACCGUUAACUUUCUCAUCUGUGAGUAUGGCAGCAUCAAACCUUAUGCAUGCGGUUCAGUACGAUGGCUAUGGUGGAGGAUCAGCUGGUUUGAAGCAUGUUGAAGUUCCAGUCCCCACUCCGAAGAAGGAUGAGCUCUUGCUAAAACUGGAAGCAACUAGUCUAAAUCCUAUUGAUUGGAAAGUUCAGAAAGGCAUUAUGCGGCCUUUGCUACCUCGCAAGUUCCCUCACAUACCUGGUACUGAUGUGGCAGGAGAGGUUGUAGAGGUUGGACCAGGAGUCAAAAGUUUCAAAGCUGGUGACAAAGUUCUAGCUAAUCUUGGCAUUGCUGAUGGAGGUGGACUAGCUGAGUUUGCUGUGUCCAAGGAGAAGCUGACAGUUGCUAGGCCAGCUGAAGUUUCAGCAGCAGAAGCUGCAGGCUUACCCAUUGCUGGUCUUACAGCUCACCAGGCGCUCACCCAAUCCGCUGGGAUCAAGCUUGAUGGAAGUGGCCAGCAGGCAAACAUUUUGAUCACUGCCGCCUCAGGUGGUGUAGGUCUCUACGCGGUUCAACUGGCAAAGCUUGGAAACACACAUGUGACUGUCACGUGCGGGGCACGCAACAUUGAGUUGGUCAAGAGCUUAGGGGCCGAUGAGGUUCUCGACUACAAGACUCCGGAAGGGGCAGCUCUGAAGAGCCCGUCUGGUCGGAAAUAUGACUUUGUGAUCCACGGUGCUACUGGCAUUCCUUGGUCAACUUUUGAGCCAAAUCUGAGUGAGAAAGGGAAGGUGUUCGAUUUAACUCCCAGCUUAAGUUCCAUGGCGACUUUUGCUCUAAAGAAAAUUACCUUCUCCAAGAAGCAACUGCUGCCAGUUUUUGUAAAUGUCAAGAGUGAGAACCUGGAUUAUCUUGUUAAGUUGGUGAAGGAAGGUAAACUUAAGACUCUGAUUGACUCGAAGCAUUCCCUGAGUAAGGCUGAAGAUGCUUGGGCAAAGAGUAUUGAUGGCCAUGCUACUGGGAAGGUCAUCGUCGAGCCUUUCUAAAAUAUAAUAUGCUUGGAAUUGUUAGAUUCCUAUAUAAUUAAAUGAGAGUGUUAUAUCUUAUUCGUACAUAAAGAAAACUAUAUGUUUGUGCAGUUAAAUCACACAUUUGACCAGAUAUUGUAAAUAAUCAAUAUUAUGCAGUGUGUUCUUGUAGC